AAAAGUUGAAUUUUCUAAGAUGGUGUUAAUAGCAUCACAAAACAUACAUCACUGAUCAGACUAAAAUCAAUAAAUCAUUCUAUUAAAUAAACGUCUUGCAAUAAAAAUCUUUCACAUGAACAGUUACAAUGUAAAUAAACUACUUUUUCAAACAUUAUGGGGAAAUCACAAUAUUUGUACAUUUGAGCAGCCUCUUUUUCCUGUAAACGUUCAACUUGGAAGUACUUUUUGCACAAUUUGUAAACUUUUUGUAUUUUUUUGUAACUUGUACAAAGAGCAAGUUUUUAACAUGGCAUAAAAUAAAGUGACACAUUCUUUUUCAAUUUUUUAAAUGUUUGUGUGUGUAGUGUGUAUGUACGUUUGUGUGUGUGUGUGUGUGUGUUGUUAUUUUUUUUAUAAUACUGUGCGUGUGCUCCGUUUUUUAAGAAUUGUGUUAAUAUGUACUGCCUUAUUGUGACUGUUCUUGAAUUGCAAUAAAAAAAUAAAUAAAAAAACCCAGACAAUUCCGCGAACCACUUGACCCCUCUGAUGACGUCACAGCUCUGGGCGGUACGUGCUCGCGCCUGUUGAAUCAUGCGCGAGCCCGUUGAGGGCGGGUUACAUCAGUCGCCUUGAAACACGGACACCGAGGUGAACAGAUGAGGGUGACCCGCUGAAGCCCGUGAUGAUGCUGUCUUGUCUCUUCAGGCUGCAUGGCCUGUUCGUCGCCUCCCAUCCCUGGGAGGUGAUCGUGGGAACAGUUGCUGUGACGAUGUGUCUGAUGUCUAUGAACGCUUUUGCUACCAAUGAUCAGAUGUGUGGCUGGAACCAUCAGUGUCCUAAAGUACAGGAGAAAAUUCUAAGUGGUGACAUGAUCCUUUUAACCAUCACAAGAUGUAUAGCCAUCAUUUACAUCUACAUCCAGUUCAAAAACCUUAGACAGCUCGGUUCCAAGUACAUACUAGGUAUCGCUGGACUGUUCACCAUCUUCUCCAGUUUUGUGUUCAGCACUGUGGUCGUUCACUUCCUGGGCAAAGAGCUCACAGGACUGAAUGAGGCUCUGCCUUUCUUCCUGUUGUUGAUUGACCUGUCUAAAGCAUGCACACUGGCCAAGUUCGCUCUCAGCUCAAACUCGCAGGAAGAGGUCAGAGAGAACAUCGCUCAGGGAAUGGCUAUCCUGGGGCCCACAUUCACUCUGGACGCGCUCGUGGAGUGUCUGGUCAUUGGAGUGGGCACCAUGUCUGGUGUAUGUCAGCUGGAGGUCAUGUGUUGUUUUGGCUGUAUGUCAGUUCUGGCCAAUUACUUCGUCUUCAUGACCUUCUUUCCUGCCUGUUUGUCACUGGUGUUAGAGUUGUCCCGGGAGAGUCGUGAGGGUCGACCCAUCUGGCAGCUCAGUCAUUUUGCUCGUGUUCUGGAGGAAGAGGAGGGUAACAAACCAAAUCCCGUGACACAGAGAGUCAAAAUGAUCAUGUCUUUGGGUUUGGCGCUAGUUCACGCUCACAGUCGACUGGUGGCUGAAUCUCCGACUCACAACAUGAGCAGCUCAGAUGUGGAUCUGCCUCCAGCCAGCAUGGAGUCUGACAGAAUCAUGUCCAGUGUGGAUAUGGAGCAGGUCAUCACUCUCUCUCUCGCUCUGAUAUUGGCUGCUAAGUACGUAUUUUUCGAGCAGGCCGAGACAGAAUCUUCCCUGUCCAUCAGAGCCCCUGUGGCCACACCCCCUGCCUCCCUGACCAAUAGGAGAGGAGGAGAGGACUGCUGUCAGAGGGAGUCAGCCCCGCCCAAAUCCCUGAAGGGAGUCCAGACAAAUCCAAACACUUCAAACACCCCUCACAGAGAGCAGACAGGUGAUGUGACUAAGUUGACAGCAGGGCAGUUGUGUUCCCUGACCCCAAGAGAUGGUGAUGUUCACUAUGAGGAGAGAGAGUGCCAUGAACCUCAGACUCACCAGCGCCGCCCUGUAGACGAGUGUCUCACCAUUCUCAAAGACCCCAAAAGGGGAGCUCAUUACCUGAGUAACGCUGAGGUCAUAGCUCUGGUGGAGUGCAGAGGUAUUCUGGGAUAUCGCUUGGAGGCGGUAAUGGGGAGUCCAGAGAGGGGUGUGGCCAUACGCAGAGAAAUGCUCUCAGCUAAACUCCCGGACCCGUCCGCACUGGAGAACCUCCCUUACAGAAACUACGACUACUCUAAGGUGAUUGGCACUAACUGUGAGAAUGUGAUUGGCUACGUGCCCGUGCCAGUGGGUGUGGCCGGACCAUUGCUAUUGGAUGGGAAAGAAUAUCACGUCCCAAUGGCAACUACAGAAGGCUGUUUAGUGGCCAGCACUAACCGAGGAUGCCGAGCGGUCACAUUAUCAGGUGGUGUGCGCAGUCGUGUUCUGGCAGAUGGUAUGACUCGAGGUCCGGUGGUGCAGCUGCCAUCAGCGUGCAGGGCUGCAGAGGUCAAAGGCUGGCUGGAGAUUUCAGAGGGGUUCAGUGCUGUCAAACAGGCCUUUGAUCACACCAGCAGGUUUGCUCGUCUGGACAGACUGCAGGUCAGUCUCGCAGGGAGGAAUCUGUACAUACGCUUCCAAUCUCAAACUGGAGAUGCCAUGGGAAUGAACAUGAUGUCGAAGGGUACAGAACAGGCUCUAUGUCGACUUCAGGAACAGUAUCCUGACAUGCGUGUUUUAGCUGUCAGUGGAAAUUACUGCACAGAUAAAAAACCAUCUGCGGUCAACUGGAUCAACGGCAGAGGAAAAUCCACAGUGUGUGAAGCGUUUAUACCGGCACGAGUGGUCAAAGAGGUUUUAAAGACGAGCACAGGCGCUCUGGUGGAGUUGAACAUCAGUAAGAAUCUGGUGGGUUCAGCGAUGGCCGGGAGUGUCGGGGGUUUCAACGCUCAUGCGGCAAACAUCGUAGCAGCCAUCUACAUCGCCUGUGGACAGGAUCCAGCGCAGACGGUGGGCAGCAGUAACUGUAUAACACUGAUGGAGUGUGUUGGCACAGAUGGAGAGGAUCUGUACAUCUCCUGUACUAUGCCAUCACUAGAGCUGGGCACAGUGGGCGGAGGAACCAGUCUGCCUGCACAACACGCCUGUUUACAGAUGUUGGAUGUUCACGGCGCGAGAGAACAGUGUCCAGGCGAGAACUCACGAACGCUGGCGCGGGUUGUGUGCGCAACGGUGUUGGCAGGAGAACUCUCGCUAAUGGCUGCGCUCGCUGCUGGACACCUUGUCAAGAGUCACAUGACGCACAACAGGUCAAAAGUUAAUAUCGCAGAGACUGAACUACAGACGAAGGAAAAUUCAUGAGAACUACAACUCCCAGAGAGAGAGAGAGAGAGAGAGAGAGAAGGGGCCCCACUGCACUCUGGGAACUGGAGUCUUGAGCUGUCACAUCUGUGUGGUUGCUCAUGUUUAUUAUCAGGGCGUCUGAAGAUAUCUAGAAAGAAAUAUUUAGAGACUUGAUACAGACAGCAAAUAAACUAACUAGAAUUUUUUUUUCUGUGAAGACACUAAUGCUUUACAUUUGCUUUGUGCCGAAUUUUUCUGAGGCCGUUACACAAGGGAGUAAAAUGCAGUGAUCGGCUGCAGCAUUUAUGAAAGACCACUCAUUUUACUGGAACUACAUACCUGUAUAGCUGUAGUACUAAAGACCACAGUGAACUUUACAUAAACUGUUACUUGUUCAAGAUUUGACAACAUCUUGGCAUCUAUGGCAAAGAGGUACAGUUUGAGCUAAUUUGAUAUAAAAACCCAUUAUGAGGUUUGUUGCAAUCAGACAAAAUUAGAAUGUGCUUGGGAUCUUAAAAGUAUUUUGCACUUUGGCAAAUAGUUUUAGAUUAAUCAGAUUGUUUGAUUUUGCAGUUUGGACCUGAAAACUGAAUGUAUUUAAUUCAUGUGCCAAACUCACUGUGAUGAACUGAUGGAAGAUAUUGUAAACAAGGUGCUGCUUUAAUUUACUAAAGUGUGAAUGUGGAUGUCUGAACUGUGGAUUUUGUUUUUGUGAAUUAUGAUGUCUGAUUGCUGUGACGUUUGCGUCUCUACACAGCGCUUUAAUGAUGGUAAAGUGCUUUUUGUUACAAAAAUAUUUACUUUCUUAUCUUAGAAAGUACUGAUAAAGCCAUACCUGUGACAAAAUGUCUUUUACGUUUGUUUAACUUGUUUGUGCUUCCUGCUAAACAGGCCAUAAAUUAAUGUACAACUGAGAUUUUUAAAUUGUCCACAGUAUUUUUCUUAAAGAAUUGUUUAAAAACAACAAAAAAGCUGCAAAUCUGAAAAUAAACUAUUACAAAGUG